AUGUCCUCCCCCUACAAGAAAGUCCUCCUCAUCGGCGCCACAUCCGGCAUAGGAGCGCGAUUCGCGCAGACUCUCGUGGAUAACGAUGUCUUCGUCAUCGUCGUUGGUCGACGACAAGACAGACUUGGGGCCUUCGUGCAGAAGAAUGGGAAGGAUAAUGGCGGAUUAUCGUGUUCACGACGUUUGCGAUUUGGAAGCUGCUCCCACCUUCAGCGCUGA